CAAUACUCUCUCUCUCUCUCUACAUGUACAUACAUAAAUAGAUACAGAUUUUCUCUCUCUAAAAAGGGGCAAAGCAACGCACGCUUUCUCUCUCUAAAAAUUCGUGUUCUUCUUCUUCUAUCCUUUUGCGCGACUCUUCGGUAACUGACACUUCGAACUAAUUCGGUGCGGUUUUACCCUCCGGUGACCGGGUCAUAAGGUGCACAAGUCAUUCUGAACAACCCUUAUUUUCUGCUUACCAUUCUAAAUUGGAGUGGCAUUCAGUUGUGCUCCUUUUUUCAGAAAUUUUAUGGAGGGGCAAUUGUGCUAAAUCUCGCUUUCCCAAACUAAGUGCAGACAUGAUAUAAGAUGAAUUGAUAUGUGAUAUUGCAUUGGCAUAUAUUUUAUUGUAUUGAAGGAGUAGGUUUUUUGGGGCUAAAAUCAUGCGUUCUUGGUGGGGAAAGUCUUCCUCCAAAGAAGAAAAGAAGAAAGCCAACAAGGAAAGUUUUUUUGAUACAAUACACAGGAAGUUAAAGAUUGCAUCUGAAGAAAAGAGCAGCAGUGGGUCAGGAGCUUCUAGAAGACGUUCUAGUGACACUGUUUCAGAGAAGGGAUAUCGAUCUCGUGCAGGUUCACGUUCUCCAUCACCCUCUGCAAAAGUAUCACGCAGUCAGAGUUUUGCAGAGAGGCCUCAUGCCCAACCACUUCCACUUCCUGGGACUGGGGCACGGGUUACCUGUCUCCCUCGGGCUGAUUCUGGAAACAAUGCAUCAACAAAAGCAGAAGCUGACAAAGGCUCUAAGCCUGCCUUUCUUUUGCCCCUUCCUACGCCUGAACGUGGUCGAAAUGGACUGGAUCCCACAGAUACUGCGGGAGAUUUUGCAGCUUCUGUUUCUAGCGACUUUUCAAUGGAUAGUGAUGAUCCAUCUGACUCCCGGCUACUAAGCCCCCAGGCAUCUGACUAUGAAAAUGGGGGCAAAACUGCCAUGAACAGUCCUUCAAGUGUAAAGCACAAGGAUCAAUCCCCAAUUGCCACCCGAAAGAACCCAAGGGAGAUUGUGAGGCCGGCUAACAUUUUGUUGAACAAUCAAACUGUCCCAACAUCACCUAAAUGGGGGCCUUUAAGCUCUCAUGUGCCAAAUUUACAGAUUCCUCACCAUGGUGCUUUUUAUAGUGCCCCAGAUAGCUCGAUGUCAAGUCCUUCAAGAAGUCCAAUGAGAGUGUUUGGUCAUGAGCUUGCAAUGAAUUCUGGUUUAUGGACAGGGAAGCCCUAUGCAGAUAUAGCUUUACUUGGUUCUGGACAAUGCUCUAGUCCAGGUUCAGGUCAGAAUUCUGGGCAUAAUUCAAUUGGAGGAGAUAUGUCAGGACAGCUUUUUUGGCAGCACAGCAAGUGUAGUCCGGAGUGUUCACCAAUACCUAGCCCCAGAAUGACAAGCCCUGGGCCCAGCUCCAGAAUUCACAGUGGUGCAGUCACCCCUCUGCAUCCACAAGCAGGAGUGGCAGCCACAGAAUCACCUACAAACUUGCCUGAUGAUGGAAAGCAGCACAGCCACCGGCUGCCACUGCCUCCAAUAAGGAUCUGUAAUCCUUAUUCUUUUUCUCCUUCAUAUUCAACUGGAACAACGCCUACAGUCCCACGUAGUCCAGGUAGGACUGAAAAUCCACCAAGCCCUGGUUCGUGCUGGAAGAAGGGAAGGUUGCUUGGCAGAGGCACAUUUGGGCAUGUUUACCUUGGUUUCAACAGCGAAAGUGGUGAGAUGUGUGCAAUGAAGGAGGUGACACUUUUUUCCGAUGAUUCAAAGUCCAAGGAAAGUGCACAACAGCUAGGGCAAGAAAUUUCCCUGCUAAGUCGACUACGACAUCCAAACAUUGUUCAAUAUUAUGGAUCCGAGACAGUGGACGACAAACUAUACAUAUACCUCGAGUAUGUAUCUGGUGGCUCUAUCUACAAAAUUCUCCAAGACUAUGGCCAACUGGGUGAAAUAGCAAUUCGAAGUUACACUCACCAAAUUUUGUCAGGGCUUGCAUACCUGCAUGCUAAAAAUACAGUCCAUAGGGACAUCAAAGGAGCAAAUAUUCUGGUUGAUCCUAAUGGCCGUGUGAAAUUGGCAGAUUUUGGGAUGGCAAAGCAUAUUAGUGGACAGUCUUGUCCAUUGUCAUUCAAGGGAAGUCCUUACUGGAUGGCACCUGAGGUUAUAAAGAAUGCCAGUGGUUGCAAUCUUGCUGUGGAUAUAUGGAGCCUUGGAUGCACAGUUUUGGAAAUGGCUACAACAAAACCACCUUGGAGUCAAUAUGAAGGGGUUGCUGCAAUGUUUAAGAUUGGAAACAGCAAGGAACUUCCUGCAAUCCCUGAUCAUCUCUCAGAAGAUGGCAAGCACUUUGUAAGGCAGUGUUUGCAGCGCAACCCACAACACCGUCCUACAGCUGCUCAGCUUUUGGAGUUCCCUUUUGUUAAAAAUAUCACAACUCUGGAAAGACCCAUUAUAAGUCCUGAACCUCUGGAGGCAAUAUCUGCAGUUAAAAAUGUGGAUGUUGGACAAGCCAAAAAUCCUUUGUACAUGGACUCGGUACGAGGGGCUAUUCAUCAUUCUAGAGGUCCAAAAACUGGUUCAGGAUUCAGUGACGCCCAUGUGCUGAGGAACAUAUCAUGCCCAGUUUCUCCUCUUUUGCAUCCACGAUCACCACAUCAUGUGAGUGGACGAUUGUCUCCCUCUCCUAUAUCGAGCCCCCGGGCCACAUCUGGUUCAUCCAGCCCACUUACUGGUGGCUGUGGUGCCAUUCCCUUUCAUCACCACAAACAGCCGACAAAUUUCUUGCAUGACGGCAUGGGAGUGUUUGAAAACAGUUUCUACCCCAAUGGUAACACCUCCUUUCUAGACCUGAAGCCUGACAUAUUUCGAAGGAUGCAACAGGCCCCUUACAUGUUCCAAGAAAUGGCUCCACCUGAAAAUGGUUUUCUUGGAGAUCAUUUUGGGGGGCUGUCCGUGGGGACCCCAAGGAAUUUUAUGGUGGACAGUCGGUGUUAGCUGAUCGGGUAUCUCAACAACUAUUGAAGGAUCAUGUGAAAUUGAAUCCAUUGUUUGACCUCAACCCCAGCUCACCAGUGAUCAGUCGCAAUAAUGGAGUUUGAUUUGGGCAGACCCCCUUAUUUGAGCUGUCUCUCAGUUGCAUUAUUUAUUGCACGAUUCGCCAUUUUUACCAAUAGGAAACCAAAGCAGACAAUCUUAUGAAUAAAUCUGGAUCUUCUGGAAGCUGAAAUGGAAGGAGGGAGAUAUUGUUCAGUUUUAGCUUGGGUUUUUAUAAUCCAGUGCCUAAAAGAUGAUGGCCUGUGGAGCUCCAACAUUCCGCAGAGAUCCUUUAGUGAAGAAAAUUUUCGUGUAAAUACAUAUUAUCAGCAUACAUGAAGAAGAGAAGAUUAACCUGAAAGAGCUAUUAGUAUCCCGACUCCGUUGCCAUGUUUUUGGCUUUUGGAUCUUUUUUUGAAGGUGGAGAGGUGGGAGGGGCGAAAGGAUUGAACAGAAAUAGGUUACUAAAGUAGGCUCCAGAUUUUGUUGAGAAGGCAAUUUGAGAAAAUGCAGGCUUGGUGUGUAUAAUCUGUUAUUAGGCACCAGGUUGGACUUAAAUUGGCUGUCCUGCCAAACUUUUGUAUCUAACAUCAUAGCUGUAUCAAAGCUAGAAGAUCUAUUGUGUAAUCAUGUCCCAGUUCUGGAAUCUCUUUUGUGCCCCAUGUUUUCCUUUUGUUUUUCCUUACUGGUGACUUAAUCUCAUAUCUCUUGUAUCUAACUUGACAACA